UUUCUGCCAGCUCGUCGCCAGUACCGCCUGACUGGUGUCUGUGUCGGUAACACCUAAAAAGCACCAACUGAUUGUGGCCGUUUGCCAGCCUCCUUUCCAACAUCCAGAACAGGCAUGGGCAACCUUUCUUGUGAAGCAGGCAACAUGAAACAUGGUUUCCCAUCUAGUGGGCUGCACUACUCAGAAUAAUAAUGGUAAUGUUUUUUGUUAGGCAUGUCAUUUAGAAGGUCCCACUGGUCUGGAAGGUGUACAAGAUGAUUUUGUUUUCCAGUUAAGUCUGGACAAAUUCAAAAAGUAGUUUGCCUCUCUUUUCUGAUACUAACAGAGACAACAGUUGAUUACAAAUAUUACAGGAUAAAAGUUGUGAUCAAUGCAAUAACAGAGCUGAAAAUAUCAAUGUAAUUGUCGUCAGAAAAGAAAAUUUAUAGAAGAAUGGAUUCUCCUGAAGAAUUGUCAAAGAAGGUGGGAAAAUCAUCAUAUUCCUGUAAUAUCUGUCAAAAGACAUUCUCUUUAAAAAGCAGCCUUACUAAUCAUAAAAUUAUUCACUCAGGAGAGAAACGACAUAACUGUGAUAUCUGUGGUAAAGCCUUCUCCAGAUUACAAACCUUAAUUACUCAUAAACGUAUCCAUACUGGAGAAAAGCCUUAUGAAUGUAAUAUCUGUGGUAAAUCAUUCUCUGUCAGAAGUCAUUUAGCUGAUCACAUACGUACUCAUACAGGUGAAAAGCCAUAUCAUUGCGAUAUCUGCGGAAAGUCAUUCUCUCGAAGUAAUGGCCUAACUAGGCACAUUCGUGUUCACACAGGCGAGAAGCCAUAUCAGUGUAACAUUUGUGGUGAAUCAUUCUCUGAAAAAGGUAAUUUAACUAAGCACAUAUACAUUCAUACAGGUGAAAAGUUGUACCACUGUGAGAUCUGUGGAAAAUCAUUCUUUCAGAAAGUUCAUUUAAAUUCUCACAAAUAUGUUCAUACUGGAGAGAAACCAUAUCACUGUGAUGUCUGUGGUAAAUCCUUCACUGAUAGAAAUACUUUAAUUAAGCACAAACUCAUUCAUACGGGAGUGAGACCACAUCCCUGCGAUAUCUGUGGUAAGUCAUUCGCUAAGGGCAGUACAUUAAAUAUUCACAAACGUAUUCAUACAGGAAAUAAACCGUAUCACUGUGAUAUCUGUGGUAAAUCAUACUCGCAAAAUAGUGAACUGACUUUACACAAGAGACGUAUUCAUACAAGAGAAAAGCCAUAUCAGUGUGAAUUCUGUGGCAAAUCCUUCACUGACGGAACUGGAUUAACUGUUCACAGACGUAUUCAUACAGGGGAAAAGCCAUAUCACUGUAGUAUCUGUAGCAAGUCAUUCGCAUGUGCAGGUUCCUUAACUGCUCACAUACGCAUUCAUUCAGGUGAAAAACCAUAUCAUUGUGAUAUUUGUGAUAAAUCGUUCACCUAUGGUAGUUCAUUAGCUUAUCACAAACGUGGUCAUUCAGGAGAAAAGCCGUAUCACCCUGGUAAAUCAUUCUCUGGAACAAGUCGUUUAACGAGACGUAAGAGGCACAUUCGUAAAAGAAAGAAAACCUAUCGCUGCGAUACUUGUGGUAAAUCAUUCACUGAUGGAAGUGUGUUAAUUGUUCACAAACGUAUUCAUACAGGUGAGAAACCAUAUCACUGUAAUACCUGUGGUAAAUCAUUUUCCCAAAGUUCUGGCCUAAUUAGGCACAGACGUAUUCAUACAGGUGAGAAACCAUAUCACUGUGACACUUGUGGCAAUUCGUUUACUGAUGGACGUACGUUAACCUCUCAUAAACGUAUGCAUACAGGGGAAAAACCAUAUCACUGUGAUAUCUGUGGUAUGUCAUUCUCUGAAACAUAUAAUUUAACUAAACACAAAUACACUCAUACAGGAGAAAAGCUAUAUCACUGUGAUGUCUGUGGUAAAUCCUUCUCUCAGACAAGUCACUUAACUGUCCACAGUCGUACUCAUACAGGUGAGAAACCUUAUCAUUGUGACAUCUGUAAUAAAUCUUUUUCUCAAACUGCUCAUCUAACAAUUCAUAAACGUACUCAUACAGGUGAGAAACUGUAUCACUGUGAUAUCUGCGGUAAAUCUUUCUCUCAGACAGGUCAUUUAACAAUUCACCGACGUAUCCAUACAGGGGAGAAACCCUAUCAGUGUGAUAUCUGUGGUAAAUCAUUCUUCCAAAACAGCGAUGUGACCAAGCACAAACGCAUUCAUACAGGGGAAAGGCCUCACCACUGUAAUAUCUGUGGUAAAUCAUUUUCUGGAAGUACUUCCUUAACGAUUCACAAAUGCAUUUAACCAGGAGAAUAACCAUAUCACUGUAUCUGCAGUAAAUAAUUUUCUCAAAACCAUGAUUUAACCCUCUUGCUACCAACCCAGCUGGCUCUGUUGUACAAAUGUCUUGUUUUCAUAAAUUUUGAAUUAAAAUCUUCCACCAAACCUUA